CAGCAGUUGAUAGGGAAAACUUGUCGUGCUGAGUUGUGUCGGUGGUGUGUUGAAAUAACACAUAAUUAAUUAUAUUUCUUGGUGUUGUUUUUCGUUCAAUACCAUCUAUGCAUGGUUGAGGAAUUGGCAAAUGCGAAAAAGAAUACAAAAAAAAAAGAGUAUCGUUUGAAAAACGAGUAUUUUUGUGUUGAUAACAAAAUAAAUUACAAGAAUAUCUAACGUGUUGGUUUAAUAAUGGAAGUUGCAAGUUUCUGAUUUCAAUUUUUUGAGUUUCAUAACAAAGUUUGCCAUAUGUUCAAGGACUCUGAAAGUUGAUGGAAAUUGAAGUGUCUGUGAUUGAUGUGGUGAUAAAAAAAUAAUUUCCAUUGCAAUGGAAAGCGAAAAUGUAAACAUCGACAACAACAAAGAAGAUGACACUUCAAAAUUUCGUGAGGUUGGCGAAGGUGGUGGCGAUGGGGAUAAAAGUCCCCUAACAAAACAAACACAUGUGGAUGGUAAUGAGAGUGAAGAUGCUGAUACAGAAGAUGCUGAGACAGCGGAAACAAUAACAACAAUUGGCAAUGUCAACAACCAAAAAACAGCUGUUAUUGGUGAGGAACAACGACACGACAAAACGGAAGAAGAAAACGAACCAGGUGAUGAUAAACAACGACAACAACAAAUAAAAAUAGACAAAGUAGAUGUCGAUGAUGACGAUUUGCACGAAACACUUUCAUUAUUAAAACCGCCGGCCGGUAUUACCAAUAUUGACGAACCACAACCGAUACCCGAAACCACAGAAGAUGACGACGAAGAAUCGACUCUAAUCGCGACCAGUUUUGAACGUCCAUUCAGUACCCCCUUAGCCCCAUUCGAUAUGGAAUUAAUGGAUAGACUUAAAAAAGAACAAGAAGCAAAACGUCAAUCGCUCUCUUCCGAAUACAAACGACAGAGAUCGAAUACAUCGCAACGUAAGAGUAUAAAUGCUGUAGUGGCCACUAACAUGUUUUUGGAACAUGAAAAUCAGUGUUCAGAUGGUCGGGGUAUUAUUGACAGUCAGGCGGCUAAACGAAAAGAAACAAGUGGCGGCAGCGGUUGUGAGCAUCAUCGUGUUACACCAGCUGAUUUAGCGUACACUAACAUUGGUGGUGAUUCAGAAUAUCCAGCAACGACAAUGGCACAUCUGGGCGAGAGUUUUCACCGAGACAGCACAACAUCGACACUGUUGCUACAAGACGAAGAAUCUCGACAAUCUGGCCGUAUUGUUAGUGCUACCAGCAACAACAGCAACAACAACAAUCAUACAAAUCAUCAAAACUACCUCAGCAACAAUCAUCAUCGCCAUCAUCAGUAUCCUCGCAAAUCUCCUGCCACUGAAGAGUUGCCAAUGACUCCCUUAGCUCCAUUUCAAGAACCAACCGAUGACGAUAUAAAUCCUCCAAAUGAUUUCUACAUGAAAUGUGAAAAGAAUCCAUCGUUAUUUUUCGACGAUGGUGUGCGUUCGAUUGAUUUUGUACUGGUCUAUAAAAUUAAUCCACAGCCAAAUGUGGAGGAUCAACAUGAAGAGAAACGGCACAUAUUCGAAAUGAAUCUCCUGUCCGAGGGUCUGGAAAUUGAAAGGGCCUGUAAGGAGAAGGAACAGAUCUAUUUUGUUAAGGUCCAUGCCCCAUUGGAGGUGUUACGUCGUUAUGCGGAAAUUCUUAAGUUACGCAUGCCCAUGAAAGAGUUAACAUGCAACGUGAAAUUAUUAUCGAAAUACAGUCGGCUGCGUUACGCAGCCCAAUACAUUUCAAAAAAGAUUCCUGGUAUGUCGGUGGUGAAUCGCUCAACUAGCAGUGUAUUUUCUAGUCUAAAAGGUUUAAUCAAGUUCUUCAUGAGGCAUAUCUAUGUCGACGAACGGAAUUUUCCUCGACGCGCACAACGUUUUACUGCCAUCUACAGUCGGGAUAAAGAAUAUCUAUUCGAUAUACGACAGGAUAAUUUCUUUACACCCGCCGUCCGUUCACGCAUUGUACAGUUCAUAUUGGAUCGCCAGCGUUUCACGCCAAAGAGUAAAGAUGAAAUGGCCUUUGGCAUUGAGAGAAUGGUGGCCUCAAAUAUCUAUUGUGCUGGAUAUCCAUUACAUGAUGGUGAAGUUACUGAAAAGAAUACAAUGCGCCAUACCCUCUACACCCAUUGGGCUUCCGUACGAAAAUGGUAUCGUUAUCAACCCCUGGACUAUAUCAAAGAAUAUUUUGGUGUAAAAAUUGGAUUAUAUUUUGCCUGGUUGGGAUUUUACACAUAUAUGUUGUUGCUGGCAUCGGUGGUGGGGGUGUUUUGUUUUAUCUAUUCCUGGUCAACGCUCAAAGAUUUUGAACCUGUAAAAGAAAUAUGCGGUGGCAAAAAGAACAUCACUAUGUGUCCGCUGUGUGAAUGGUGUGAUUUUUGGGACCUGAAAGAAACCUGUUUUUAUGCCAAAAUCUCCUAUUUAAUCGAUAAUCCAAGUACGGUAUUCUUUGCCGUAUUUAUGUCCUUUUGGGCCACGCUAUUUUUGGAGCUGUGGAAACGUUAUUCUGCUGAAAUAACACAUCGUUGGGAUUUGACGGGUUUCGAUGUCCAUGAGGAACAUCCGCGUCCCCAGUAUUUAGCCAAAUUACAACAUUUACCCCAUACUCGAACCGAUUAUGUUACAAACAUGCGGGAACCAACAGUGCCAUUCUGGCGCAUGAAAUUGCCAGCAGCUGUUUUUAGUUUUUCCAUGGUUUUACUUUUGGUAGCACUGACAUUGGUUGCGGUAUUGGCGGUAGUUGUUUAUCGCAUGGCAACGAUGGCUUCAUUGAUGUUGCGCAAAACGAAUCCAAUGAAUACAUCAAGUGCCAUUGUGUUGGCUACCUCAUCGGCGGCGUUUUUGAAUUUAUGUAUGCUCUAUGUACUUAAUUAUGUUUAUAAUCGUCUAGCUGAGUAUCUCACCGAAUUGGAAAUGUGGCGCACCCAAACCCAGUUUGAUGAUUCCUUAACCCUGAAAAUGUACCUGUUGCAGUUUGUAAAUUACUAUGCUUCCAUAUUUUAUGUAGCCUUCUAUAAGGGGAAGUUUGUUGGACGUCCUGGUGCCUAUACACUACUGUUUGAUUUUAGACAAGAAGAGUGCUCCUCUGGUGGCUGUCUCACAGAACUAUGCAUACAACUAGCGAUCAUUAUGAUAGGAAAACAAGCUUUCAAUUCCAUUUUGGAAGUUAUAAUGCCAAUGAUUUGGCGCAAAAUUGGUGCCAUACGUGUGGGACUCUCAAAGCUCUUUACCCCCAAAGAACAUGACAAACACAAAGAUACCGAAAGAUGGGUUCGUGAUUUAAAACUAUUGGAUUGGGGAACUAGAAGUCUGUUUCCAGAAUAUUUAGAAAUGGUUUUACAAUAUGGCUUUGUAACAAUAUUUGUGGCCGCCUUCCCAUUGGCCCCGCUGUUCGCCCUUUUGAAUAACAUUUUGGAAAUGCGCUUGGAUGCCAAGAAACUGCUGACACAUCAUCGCCGUCCCGUCUCGCAAAGAGUACGUGAUAUUGGUGUGUGGUAUCGCAUAUUGGAUUGUAUUGGCAAAUUAAGUGUUAUAACAAAUGGCUUUAUUAUUGCCUUUACAUCAGAGUUAAUACCGCAAUGGGUAUAUCGCCACUAUUCACCAAAUAGUUCCUUAGAAGGUUACUUAGACUUUUCGCUAUCUAAAUUUAAUACCAGUGACUCGAAUCAGACACGAAGUCUAUCGGCCAAAUAUGAUAAUUUGACGACAUGUCUAUAUGCAGAUUUUCGUGAACCACCUACCUCAGAGAAAAGAUAUCAUUUCAGUAAUAUAUUCUAUUUAGUAUUAGCCUGUCGUUUGUGUUUUGUUGUUGUUUUUGAGAAUUUCGUUGCCUUGGUUAUGAUUAUUGUACGUUGGUGCAUACCAGACAUGAGCGUUGGAUUGCGGGAUCAAAUACGACGUGAGGCCUAUAUAACCAAUGAAAUAAUUAUUGAACAGGAGACCCGUAGAGCCAGAACCGAACGUGCCAAAGGUAGUCAAUCGAUACGCUUGCCCGAUUCCGAAUCGAAUACUCCCGAUCCCAAUGAUCGUUUCAUACGCAUUGAACAACUGCUGUGCAGUGAUUUAUCCCAGUCACAAAUGGAUUUGAUAAUACAUGGUAGUAGCACCGAAACGGGUAUUAGGGGUAAUGAAGUUUAGAGAUGCGGAAUGCCGUUUAGGAAUAGAAUUAAGAAAUUCACAAACAACUGAAAAGACUUGACCUGAAAUGAAAUCAACUAUUUAUUUCGCCACAAAAAAAAAAUUAGAUUAAGUUAAAAAGUUUUCAAGCCCUAAGCUUGGAGAAAUUGAAAGUCCUUUCAAAAAAAAAAAAAACUAUUUUCUUCUAGCUUUCCAAAUUUUGUGUGAAGAUUAGGGCUCUUGUAAACACUGUUCUUCCAUGUUAUUCAUGGAGUAGUCUUUAGUUAGGUUUUUAUUGCAAAGUGCUUUUGUUCUUUUUUUUGUUUAUGUGUAGGGAAAAUUAUUGUAUUUAAUGUUGAAUUUGAAAAUAAAUCGGACCAAUUAAAACAAUUCGGACCAAUAAAUCUGUAUUUCCCAAAUGAGCCAUGACAAAAGGAGAGAUUUUUAAAAGGAGAUAACGUUAACAAAUUAAGAAACCCAGAGGAUCCAAUUCAAAGAUGGAUUUUUUUUUUAACAAAUUAAUGUUUGUUUUAAAUAUUUAAAAGAUUACUUCUAGGUAUAUUUAAUUCUUUUUUUUUUAAUUUUUAAAUUUGACCCCGUCGAGAGUGUGCAUAAAAAAAAUUGUUGGUGGAUUUUUUAAAUAUUAUUUGAGAAUUCAAACCAAUGUGAAUAUCUUUAAAAUAUUUAAUAGAUUUUUGAACAAAUUCCUCCAACGUAGAGUUUUUAAAAUAAGGGUGA